CAGCCCUUUCAUCCUCCGCAUUUCAUACUUUCCAGACUCUAACCGAGUUGGACUCACAAUGACAACCAAACCAGCAGCAGCAACCUCCCCACCCAGAUUCAAAUGCGUCUGCUGCAAGAAGAAGAGCUUCAAGACGGCCGAGGCGUUGAGCAACCACCAGCAAGCCCGGGCCCAUCAUCCUGUCGCGUGCCCGAUAUGCUCCAAAGAGUUCUGCGAUAAGCACGCCGUGCAGCAACACCAACAGGUCCAUCAACGAAAGGCAGCUGUCCUCGCAAAGCCUCAAGCUACAACUACAAGUACAACUACAACCAGCCCUACACCGAAACCCACUCCGCAGCAGCAGUCCAUCAAUGCCCACCCCAAGCAACAAGCAAACCCACCACCAACCCCAACACCUUCCCUAAAACUCCCCAAAACUAUACACCACCCCUCCACCCUCCACCCCCUCGAACAAGACCUGCUAUACAAAUACCUGCUCUCCCGAUGCCACCCCCGAACCCGCCUGCAAGCCCAGAACUACCCCACAGCAUCACAGACCCCCGGAAGGGACUACCAGCCCACCCCACCGGCAAACCCCACGCAGCCCAAACGCAGAGCCAUCGUUCUGACCUGCGAGACCGACCCACAGGCAACGGGUUUGACACAUCUAACCGCCACAGACUUUUUGAGUAGUGAAGCGCUCCUGCAUCUGGCUGUUGGUUUUGCAGCUGAGGGGAUGCAGACCGACGGGACCGCGACAGUGACAGCAACAGCAACAUGCACCGACAAGAGCACCCGUGCAACUGUGGCUGAUGCCGACGCAGCGCGAAUGGCACUGUGGCGGGUCGUCGACGCGGACACGGUCCUCGUGGGCUAUGGGCUGCAGCGCGGGCUGCAGCUGCUAAGGAUGGUGCACGAGCGGGUGGUGGAUGCGGGGAUCCUGACGGCGGAGGCGGUUUUUCUGGAAAGGUCGACGGUGUCGAUACGGAGGGUGUGGGGGUUGGGGGAGCUGUGUGCGGAGGUGUUGGGGUGGGGUAAGCGGCAGGAGGAGGAGAAGGAGGAGGAGGGAGCUGCUGCUGCUGCUACAAGCAAGAAAGGCAAGCAGAGGAAGAAGGGCACAUGUGACGGGUGGGCAGAGUGUGUGGCCGCCAGGGAGGUGGUGGUAUGGUGCUUGCGGAAUCCGGAGCUGUUGCGGACGUGGGCUGAGGGCAAGGCUGGAGGGGAUAUUGGGGAUGCUCCGCAGACGAGCGAGACGGCGAAGAGCAAGCGAGGGAAGAAGAAGAGUAAGAAGAAGAGUAAGAAGAAGAGCAAGAGCAAGAGCAAGAAGCGCAAGCAGAUCGAGCAGCAGAAGGAAGAAACAACCAUCCUAACUACAGCACCACCAGAGCCAGAGACAGUUCCUACACAUGAACAAACCCCACCACCACCACCACCACCACCACCACCACCACAGCCCGAAGAACCAGACGAAGAUGAAGAUUCUGAUGAAGGACUCGAGAUCGUUCAAUGGCAGGAUCUUGAGUGAUGUUCUACCAUCUAUCAUCUACAAUCUACAUUCCACAUUCUACAUUC